UGGUGAUGAAGGAGAGAAAAGUUGAUGUUUCAGGAAAACCGAAACAUUCCUUGGAUGUUUACCGUAUCGAUGGGAAAAGUGGUACUCGAACUGCUGGUAAGGAGGCUGAAGAUGUAUAAGACAAAACCUAAACGUAAUUCUAAAGGAAAGAUUUUGAAGCAUGAGUAUCAAGAGAAAGACCUUCCUAAUACACGGAUGCAACCUGAUCGACGCUGGUUUGAUAAUACCCGAGUUAUUGAUCCCAAAAAGCUUGAGGAGUUUCGAGAUGAACUUGGUAAUAAACUUUCAAGUAACUACAAUGUGAUCUUGCAGCAGAGGUUGCUCCCGAUGUCCCUUUUACAAGAUCACCAAAAGAAAGCUCUGUCUGUAGAAGGGAGUCAAGCGGAUGGUUUAAGGGACCUUGUCAGGCAUGGCAUGUUUGAGAAUGGUGAAAGCAAACGUAUUGGGGAUGAUCUCUACAAGGUCAUAGACUCUUUGGAUGUUAUUGUGCAGGUAUUGGAUGCUAGGGAUCCACAAGGCACGCGAUGUUAUCUCCUGGAGAGGCACUUGAAUGAGCACUGCAAGCAUAAGCACAUGGUGUUCCUGCUAAACAAGUGUGAUCUUGUGCCAGAGUGGGCUACAAAGGGUUGGAUUCGUGUUUUAUCAAAGGAUUAUCCUACUCUUGCUUUUCAGGCUAGCAUAAAUAAAUCUUUUGGCAAGGAACUUCUUCUUUCAGUACUAGGGCAGCUUGCUAGCUUAAAAUGUGGCAAGCAAGCUAUAUCUGUGGGAUUUGUUGGAUAUCCAAAUGUUGGCAAAUCAUCAGUCAUGAAUACCUUACGGGCCAAAUCUGUGUGCGAGGUUGCUCCUACCGCUGGAGAAACUAAAGUCCUCCAAUAUAUAAAGCUUACGGAGCAGAUCUUCUUGAUUGACUGCCCUGGAGUUGUUUACCAAAAUAGGGAUACUGAAACCGCUAUCAUAUUUAAGGGUGCUGUACGUGUUACAAACUUGGAAGAUGCAGCAAAGCAUAUUAGAGAAGUUCUGAGACGUGUGAAAAAAAAACAUCUCCAAAGAGCUUAUAAGAUAAAAGACUGGGUAGAUCAGGAGGAUUUUCUUAUUCAGCUUUGCAAAAUGUCUGGCUUACUUUUGAAGGGCACUGAGCCGGACAUGACUAGUGCGGCAGAGAUGGUUCUCCAUGAUUGGCAAAGAGGUCGAGUACCGUAUUUUGUAACCCCACCGAAGCAAGAGAAUGCUAAUGAGCAACCGUCGACAGCCAGUGCUAAUGAAGAAACUGUGGUUGGAAACUAAAAUAUGUUCAGGUUUGAAGAGAUCACGUCGACCAGAACAAGUCAGAUGGUGAGGAUCCUGAGGAGAGUCCAGAUCAGGGGUCAGACAAUGAAUCUGGUCCACAACAGGAGCAAGAAUUUGAGAACGAAUCUUGUAAGGAACCCGAGAAGCUUCUCGCAUCAUCCCAACAAUUGUGCCUAUUACACUCCUCCAUGUCUUUAAUUUAAAACCUAAAAAAGUUGAGAUUCCAGAUAAUUGUGGUGGUUGCAUCUGGAUUUUCUGAGUCCCUGUGAUCGAGUCUUUCUUUUAUCCUUUGUUUGUGCAACUUCAAAUUCUGAGCCAUUUAUAGAAUUAUUGAAGCAUGACUUUUCUAAGUUAUUUUGCCAAGUUAAUAUCCAUACAGUUACUUUGCUAUGAUUUUAUAGUUGUAAACAUCGGGAUACGAUUGAAUUUUUAGACAUUGUUUGUUAAAGAGAGCAACUUUUCAGCUGAUGUCUUAGCUAAAAAGUAGUCAUUCAUGGGGAGAGCCUGAG